CAGUGCGCUCUCGAACUCACAUCAGAACAAUGUAGAAGAGAAAGCCUGUGAAUGUGAGGUGAUAGUUUGAUUAUUAAUGAAUCAGAUUUAGUAAACUGACAGGUUGUGUUUUUAUCAGCUUUUGUCUUUAACUCCUCACACACUGGGUCAUGGCGCUCGUCCACUGUUUACUGUUAAAUUACAUCUUGUUUUCGGUCACAUUUUUGGACACGUCUGCGCUACUGAACCCCAUUAAAGAGGUCAUUUUGGACUCUACUUUAGAAAUAAAUCUGCAAUGGAUAUCUGAGCCCCAAAGUGCGUGGAAAAAGACCAAAUUAAAGCUGGGACUGCCCUCGGCCCACUUUGUCUACCAAGGCUGUGACGCAAAACUUAAAAACACACUAAAAACACUGUGGACUAAAUGGAUUGCAAAGAAGGAUGCCAAAGAGCUUCAGCUGGACCUGCUUUUUGCUCAAAAUGACAGGGAACCUGUCAUUAUUUACUUAUUGGAGUCGGAUAAACCAGUGGAACGUCCUCGUGCUGGACAAAUGAGAAAACAGUCUGUAGCUUCACAGGCAUUUAUUAAUUCUGGUAGCCUUCAAGACAUAGAGACAUAUCUGUAUCAUGCGCAGGGUCUAGACUUGGGAAAGAUCACGAAAAAUGGCUUUCAUUUGGGUUUCUCCUACAGUGGAUCGUGUAUGUUUAUUUCCUCCGUGCUGGUCUUCUACAUGAAAUGUCCAGAGCUUACAGUGAACCAGACUCAUUUUGGAGCAACCUCAGCAGGAUCAGAAUGGAUCAGAGGCAAGUGUGUGGAUGGAGCAGAAGAAGUGUCUACACCAAAGAUUGAGUGCAAGUCUAAUGGACAGUGGGGUGGAAUGCAAGGUUUCUGUGCAUGUAGAGCUGGUUAUCAAAAAGAAGGAAACAUAUGUAAAGCUUGUGGUUUGGGAAGCUACAAAACUGCCAAUGCUAGUGGAGAAUGUCUGCUUUGCCCAUCCAAUAGCAGAACAUCCUCAGAAGGUGCUUCAGAGUGUGAAUGUGAUAAAGGAUAUGCCCGUCUGCAGAAUGACCCACCACAACUAGGCUGUACAAGAUCUCCAUCAGCACCGCUCAACUUAACUAUCCAUCACUUGAGCAACACAGCCCUGAUUCUGAACUGGGCCAUGCCUGCAGAUCUGGGUGGAAGACAGGAAGUGAUGUAUGAUGUAGAGUGUAAACAAAAAACAGGGGAAUUUCAUGAAAUAUGGGUUCCAUGCAACAGUUCCUUGUUAAUAAGUCCACAAUCCAGGGGAUUGACUGAAACGAUGGCCAACAUUACUGGAUUACAUCCACAUGUGAGCUACCAGGUUUCUGUCAGAGCAUACAACAGAAUAUCUCAGAAACUGGGCACAUCUGGGUCUUCACAGACCAUUACUAUAUUGAAGAAUCCAGUAGUAAUCACUGCUGUUCCUGUACCAACCCCUGCUGCCCAGGAACAACUCAACACUCCAGUGAUUGUCAGUGUGCUGUGUGUAAUACUACUAUCUCUAAUACCAGCUGUCUUCUUUAUACGCAGACGUUAUAACAAAUUCAGAGAUCAUGAAGUGGACCUUGUGCCUUUACAGGAUGUUGGUACAACAUACAGACAGUCUGAACCACAAGCUACACCUCCUCAACCAACUAAUAGCUCUGUUCAGAUUUUGGAUAGCGUGAAUAAACGUUUGCUGUCUGCUAUUAAAGACGUGUUGGUGGAUCGCAGCCGAAUCACAUUGGGCAAAGAGCUAGGGAAAGGUGAAUUUGGGACAGUCUAUGAGGGCAUAUUCCUAUCAGAUGAUAAUGAAAAUAUCCAAGUGGCAGUGAAGACCAUGAGAGUUGGAAUUUACAGCCAGGAUGAUCUGCAGUCAUUUCUUAAGGAAGCUGAAAUUAUGCAGCACUUUGACCAUGAUAACAUUGUGAAACUUCUAGGUGUCACACUGGAGACAGUACAGGACUCGUCCAUCCCUGUUCCACUUGUCAUCCUACCAUUCUUGAAACAUGGAGACCUGAGACGAUUUCUUAUAGCCACCCGCUAUGGUGACAUUCCUAUGUUUGUUCCUUAUCAGAGCCUGUUACGCUUUAUGAUUGACAUUGCCUCAGGCAUGGAGUAUCUCAGUUACAAGGGCUUUUUGCACAGGGAUUUGGCAGCUCGCAACUGCAUGUUGGGAGAUGAUCUGCAUGUUCGUGUAGCUGACUUUGGCUUGUCCAAGCAGAUCAUGAGCAGUAACUAUUACAGACAGAAGGUUGCUAUUCGAAUGCCAAUCAAGUGGAUGGCCAUGGAGAGCCUUUCUGAAUCUGUCUACACCAGCAAGAGUGAUGUGUGGUCCUUUGGAGUAACUAUGUGGGAAAUUGUCUCCAGAGGAAAGACUCCAUACCCCGGCAUUCCCAACCAUGAGCUUCUGGAACUGCUGGAGCAUGGGCAUCGCCUCAAACAGGGGGAUUUUGACAGUAAACUAUAUGAGGUGAUGCUUAGCUGCUGGCACAAAGAGCCCUCUCAGCGGCCUUGUUUUACAGAGCUGGCUCAGAGACUCAAAGCUCUACUGUGUGAGCUUCCGCCCUUGGAGCCCAGUAAAGAAAGCUACUACAUCAACCAGGGCCUGGAGGCAGCCAACGCCACCCAGAGCAGUGCUGCGGAGCCUGACCCUGAUGGAGCUGUAGGAAACAUUUACUUGUCCUCACCAGGUGGCAAAACAACCUGUGCUACAGAGAAAGAGGAGAUAAAGGAAGACACAGAUGGAUAUUUACAGCAGUAAAAUGGGAAUAUACACUGUCGAAAAUGCAAACAAACAAACAAACAAACAAACAAAAGAAAACCCAUGAGACACAAAAGCUUGCUGUACAGUGCAUAGUGUUAUGUUUUGUAGACUAAGGCGCUGUCGAAAUAUAUCUCAGAAUGAUAAAUAAUACCUGAGUAAAUCAUAAAUUAACUUAGUAAAACAAUUAGUCAGCAUUCAUGCCAGCGUGUGAAACAAAACUCUAUUUCCACUUUUACAUUGUUUAAUCCUUCCAGACCCUAGUGGGUAUUAUAUGCUAUUUCUUACAAACAAAUUGAAUGAUAUAUACAGGGUUUCCUUGAGGUCUUCAUACUGUACUUUGGAGACAUGAACACAAUUUAUCAAGAAAUAUCUUCCACUGUUAAUUUCCCCUUUGUGGGGAAACUUUUGGGAGACCUACUGAAUGUAUUUAAAUGUAUGUAAAUACUAAACCAAGUGAUUUUGUUGGUUUCCUGUUUACAUAUAAUGGCAGCUGGACAGCGAUUGGUAAAUUUCAUACAUCUUCAAUAACUGCCUUAUACUGCUCAAGGGAAUAAAACUGUAAAACCUGGAGGAAA